AGCUCCAAUCUUUCUGUGUUUCAUGCAUCGAUCUAAUAUAGAAAUAUGAUGUGUGGUUAUGUUUUGUAUUUGCGUGUCAAAGUGAAAUGGUUUGCUUUUAAUAUCAUAUCCUAUCCUAUGUUAGAUGAUUUGAAUGUUCGUUGUCAAAUUCUAUGAACUUGACUGUGCUCUUUUUUCCUGCUCUCCAUGCUUCCAGAUCUUUCUGCUCCCUCGUAAAUUUGUACCCUUUAUAUAAAUCCCCCCCUCCCACCUGCCCUUUUUCUUUUUAUUGUUGUUUCCUCUUAAAAGCGUCUUCAGUUUCUUGCUCAUAUUUUUCUCUUAAAUCAUCAUCUUGUCUUGAAGAAGUAGAGUACAAGACCACAUAUUUUAAGGGACAACAAGAGGAUAGUUGUGGUUGUGUUUGUUGGUGAAGGAGGGGAGGGGGGACAAACAAUGGCUGCACGCUACUGGUGCCAUAUGUGCUCUCAAAUGGUAAAUCCCAUCAUGGGAGUUGAGAUCAAAUGCCCUUUUUGCCAAAAUGGUUUCAUUGAAGAUAUGAUUGAUAGCACAGGGGAUAAUCAGGUCCCUGACUCUGAAUUUGGAUCUGAUCGUGCCCUCUCCCUUUGGGCCCCAAUCUUGCUUGGCAUGGUGGGAAGUUCCCAUCGUCGUAGAAGGCUUAGAAGGGUGGAAUAUGAAGAAGAUGAGGACGGCAAUGAUGAUGGUGAAGUAAACCAUACAGGAGAGCCUGAAUUUGAGCGUGAAAUAGAAUCAUUCAUGAGGAGGAGGAGGAGCAGAAGAAACUCGGCUACAAUAUUGCAAUUGCUUCAAGGAAUUCGUGCUGGAAUUUUGGUAUCUGAAUCUGAGAACUUGGAAGGAGAUAGGGAUAGGGUUAGGGAUAUGGACAGGGAAAGAGAGCGUGUCAUUUUGAUCAAUCCAUUUAAUCAAAGUAUCAUUUUUCAGGGUUCUUAUGAUUCAAACAAUGUUCAAAACCAGAAUCAAAAUGCAAUUGGGUCAUUCGGUGAUUAUGUCAUUGGACCUGGCUUGGAUUUGUUAUUGCAGCACUUGGCAGAGAAUGAUCCUAAUAGAUAUGGAACUCCACCAGCUCAAAAGGAAGCCAUUGAGGCAUUGCCUACUGUAACUGUUAAGGAGCCUUUGCAGUGUUCGGUGUGCUUGGAUGAUUUUGAGAUUGUUGCUGAGGCAAGGGAAAUGCCAUGUAAGCACAAGUUUCAUAGUGGGUGUAUAUUGCCAUGGCUGGAGCUUCAUAGUUCCUGUCCAGUUUGCAGGCAUCAGUUGCCUGCUGACGAGUCCAAGCUUGAUUCUGAGAGAUCUAGAAAUACCCUUGAUCAGAGGGACAGUGAAAGCACUAACAGUGAAAGUAAUAUUAGUAAUGGAAUUAAUGUUCAAGAGGGACAUGGGGAAGGAAGAAGUGGAAAUGGGAGAAGGUUUUCCUUUCUAUGGCCUUUCAAUAGCUUGUUUUCAUCUUCAUCUGGUUCUCAAUCUGGUGGAAGCCAUCCAUCCUCAACAGCAUCCUCCUCAAAUGCAGGAGGAAGUGCUUCUCAAACAGAUGCGAAUUGAGUUUGAGUAUAUUUUCUGAAGUCGCUAUAUUAGCUUCUUGUUGCUUGAAUGUGCUGCCUGCUUAUGUACAUAGUAUAUUACUUACUGAAGAUUGCAUCUCAGACGAAGAUAUUGUGUUUUAAUUACUCUGGUUUUUGUAGAUGUUUUUUUUCUUGCCUUCAUGGAGAAUAUAUUUCUGUUGUUUCCCCUGGCUCUUCUAUCUGUAUAUUAUUUCCGAAACUACUUUGAAUGGCUCAAUAGUUGCACUGGCUUUCUUUUUCCCCAUCUGAGUGAGGGGACUACUUUAAUCGCA